GAACUCCCCAUUACAAAACCCUUCAAUCACAUCACAUCAAUCACAAUGAGCACCUCCAACGUCGGAAACGCCCAGGUCUACGAGGCUGGUGACCAGCGCACCGUUGCCGACGCCGAGAUCGAGAGGCAGAAGAAGGAGCAGCGUUUCGAGGAGGGCAAGGAGAACUCCCACAAGGCUGGUGACCCGAAGGACGAGCGCUCCAUCGCCAACCGUCUCGAGAAGGAAGCCAACAAGAAAGACGAGGACAACGACAGCAACGAGACCAAGCUCCACAAGCUCGAUGCCACUGCUCCAGCCCGCGCUCACGGCAACGAGCCAUCAAAGGGUGCUAAGAUCGACCAAGAGCUCCGUGAAGAGGAGGAGGCUAUCCUGAAGAAGAAGGGUGCCUUCGGUCCCAAGGACUCAUAGAGCAUCAUCGCUAUGAGGUUUGCUCUGUGCCGGAUAUCGAUGUAUGCCCGGAGUGCG